GAUGCAGAGCCUCAAUCUUGUCCUGGCCCUCCUGCUCCUUACAGGAGCCCAGGCCCGCUACUUCUGGCAGCAUGAUGAUCCCCAGCAGACCCGCCUGGAACACCUGCAGGAGCUGGGCCAGGUGUACCUGGAGUCAGCCAAGACGGCAGUCCAGCAAGCCGUGGUCCAGUUUGACUCCUCUGCCGUGGCCCAGGAGCUGCAAGUGAAUUUAGGGCAGAAACUGGAAGCCUUAACCAUUGUACUGCGAGAGAUCAAGGAGCAGAUAACCCCCGAGCUGCAAGAAGUCAGGAUCGAACUGGAGACGGCCUGGCAGAAGCUGAAGGAAGAGGUGACCAGGGACGUGCAGGACCUCGGAGCCCAGAUCCAGCCCUUGUUGCGCAGGCUCCGGGAGAAUGUGCAGCAGGACGCGGCUGCCUACUUCCAGCAGCUGAGCAGCGUCUCCAAGGAAAUCAACCAGGCGGCCCAGGAGAGGCUGAGGCCGGUGGCCGAGGGCUUCCGGGACAAGGUGCGGACCCACGUGGACGAAUUCCGCAAGGAUGCUGCUCCCUACGCCAAGAAACUGGAGCAGCUGAUCCAGGAGAAGGUCAAGACGCUGGAGCAGAGUGCCCAGGCUGAGUUCACCGAGUUGCAGACUGAGCUGCAGCAGCAACUGAGCGAAGUGCGUGAGAAAUACGGGCCCCUCUGGGAAACGGCCCGGGAGGAGCUGCUGACCAUGCUGGAGAACGUGAAGUCCUUGUUUGUGGCCACCCAGAAUUUGGAGCAGGAGACACAGCAGCAGAGUUCCUAG